GAGGACUGUAAUAACAAGGUCUCCAGGUCGUGAGGAGAGAGAACUGGCUGCAGGUUGUUAUGAGAAGUGGCUAUCUCUACUCCCGUCCCCCGCCUCCCUCCGCCGGGCAGCAGGAGUCCUUGAGACGCACAGCAUAUCUCCCUGUCUCGGCUGGGUAAGAGUUCCUGGCACAGCCAAGGGUCGCUUCGCUGCCCGGCUCCUUACACUUACGUGAAGGGCUAGCGAGCCUUCCCGAGUUCGUAAAUCAGCCCGGAGAGAGGCAAAGAAAUGCACCACCAACAAUAUGCCAGUGCAAUGGCAUACUGGGUGAAUAAUAAGUCUUUUGGGGUUUUGUCUUUUGAAAAUUGUAACACCAUCUCUUUGUUUAUGAGUUCAGGUAUUAACAUUUUCUUGGUUGGGUGCAGUACAACCUCUGCUAAACCUAAACUUGUUUGCUUUGCAAAGGUUAGGAUCAGUGUUGUGAAGAUCCUUUUAUUAAAAAAAAAACAAAAAAACCAAAAGAGUAUGGAAAAUGUCUUCCUCUGCCUUCCUAUUAAAUAUAGAGCAAAUGAAAACAUACAAGCUGUAAUCUUCUGGGGAAAAAAAGGACUUAUAGCCAAAUGAUUGUAUCUUCCUUUAGGAGGAAGUAAAUUGGUAAAUCUGUGACAGUGUCUAUUUAGAGUGGGCUGACUGUGAGCAUAUUUAUUGACAUAUAAUGAUCAUAAUGACCACUUGCACUAUUAAAACUGUCCUAUACCUUUUGAACUUAAGGGAGAUUGUCGGUCAGUUCUUCCCAGCUUUAAGGCCCUCUUCCAUUGCCAGCUGAUGCAAACAACGCUGAAGCAGAAAUCCUGUAACUGUUAACUGUGAGGCAGAGUAUGUAAGCCAGGGCUCAGGACUGUGCAGACGUUACUGCGUGGCUUGCGUGUGUCUUGGGGGAUGGUUGGAGUACAUUUGUGCUGGCAUGGAGGACAAAGCACAACUGGUGGGAGAGGUGUUGUGCUGGCUUGCAGAGGGCAGUGGCAUGCGCAGGGAUGUCCCUGUGUGAUGGUCAAAAUUCUAUACAUGGUGACAGCUGAGAAAUGACAGUUCUGGUAUACUCAUGUCAGAUAUAUUGCUUAAGAUUUUCACGUUUCUGUAUGCAGUACUGACCUUUUACUUCCAGUAAGUUUCAGUACUUCUUUCUGUUUGUUGUUCCUGUGAUCCCACUUCUGUAGACAGUCUGCCCUUGGGCUCAUAACUUCCUUCCAAAGGCAGCAACCUGUUGUUUAGAAGCCAUUGCAUUCCUUUUAGAAGGUCUUCUGAGCUAUUGACAAAGCAAGUACACGGAGGUUUUUAGAGUAGCAGAUUUCCAUGAGCUUAUGCUUACAGAAUGAGGAGACAUUGAACUGGUUAUUUUGGUUUUACUCUGAAAUACUUAUAGUCAAUACUUGCACGGUUUUUAUUGCAAGAACUUUGUUUCUUCUUCAUGUUCCCAAAUUAUCAAAGAACUUUGUCUUUGCAGUACGUCCUUUCCUUUCUAUCCCCCAAUCAAAAUAGAGAAUAUAUGAUGCAAGCUUCAUCUUUGGUGCAGAGACACUGUGUCCUUGGAUAAUAUGUUUUAUCUGAAAAAUAAGAUAAAAUAAUAUCAACACCUGUGCAUUCCACAAGGCAAUCUACAGUACUGUUGCUGUGUAGAAGCUAUUCAUGUUUUUCUUCUUGUUGGCUCAUAGUCCACUUAAAACAAUAGAGGAUUGUGCUGUCUGGCAGUUGUAUCGUUUUAAGCUUCCAUUUCUCUUGUCAUUGGUCAUUCUCUGUCUUUUGAAAACAAGCUGCUUGCAAACAGAGGUUUAAAUGUCUAUCUAGAGUAUUGACCCUCCACCUACAAAUUUUCAGAGCUGUUGACAAAACUUGGGCUUUGAAGUUCUCCUAGGGAACAAAUGUCCAUGUAUUGAAAUGAAACUACACUUCUUGCUAAACAGAGUUUCUUUUCUAGUACGUGCUAUUGUGAGUACACUUCAAAUGUGAGUAUCCUCAGACCACUGAGUUUCUGUGUUGUAAUAGAGCUGAUUUAGGGUGUUUGUUUUACGUUUUGGUGUAUCCUGUCUGUCUGUUCUUCUUCUGAGGUCUUUUGGCUCUCGGAGAGCAUAACUGUAUUCUGUGCUGGCAAUCACACUCGUCGUAAUAUUGCUAACUUUCUCGCUGGAGACUGGCCAGCAAUGGGCAGGCAGAGUUUCUGUACGGUGUUUAAGACAAAUCAGUACAAAAGGACAUGCAACACUCGUCUCUGGUUUUCCCUGGUCUUUACUGCCUGGUAAAACUGAAAAAGAAACUUUGUCUCCUGUCAUCUUGCACAUUUCUGCUGAUUUUACUGUGUGAGAAAUCUUUGCCAUAUGUUUGAUUGCUUUGUUUGUUGUAAUUUUUAAUUAUUAAAAGGGACUGUGCAGGGUAGUGUAAGUUAUAUUGCAAUCAUAGGGACAAAGUUGUGGCUUUUCAAAGGCGAGAAGUUUGUAGCUUAAUCAUGUUAUUAGCACAGUUAAAACUGAAAGCAUAACCGUGCUAUAUUUAUUCAUGUUCUGCCAUGAUAGCCUAAUGCUGUAACACACACCAAAAUGUUAAGCUUGAAAUAAUUUUUCUCAUUUGCAUGUGGAGUUGACUUAAACUUUUACCACUAAAUUGAAGUAUUUUUGUUGUAGUUAAAUUUUUGUGUGCGCGCUUUACACAAAUGUGCCAUGUGAAUAUGAUGUGGUUUAGAUUUAUAGCAGUGCCGAGUGUGUUCGCUGCCUUAGUCAGCUGUGAGAGCUCUCCCGCUGGGGCCGCUCCUCUCUGAUGGAAAAGGAGCAGCUGUGAAGGUGCUGUUUCAGGCUCUUGCUGGCAUUAAAAAAAAAAAAAAAAAAGAAAAAACAAAACCCCCACUAGCUUACAUUGGAGAGGGGGAACCAGGCCACGUGACUCCCACCAUCCUACCCUAUGUCACAGUGUGUAGGAGCGCUGAUUGCUCUUACCCAAUCAUGCCUGGAAUGCUGCUUGCCACUUGGGCUAUUUCUGCUAUCUGUCGCUAUCAGGGCUGCAGUGCUAACAGUUUGGCAGAUGGGACACUUUUUCUUGGAGUUUAUGUCUUUGGUUUUUAACUUCUGGCAGUGCCUGAAUUGUUGCUGUUCUUCCUCUCCUUUUCUUCUCUCUGUAAAACCAUGGCCCAUCGGCUGCGGUUUCAUUUUGGCUCUGGGCGAAGCAACACAGCCCCCGAAUCAGAGAUCCUCGACCGGGAGAGAGAAGAUGACUUUUUCAUGGCAUUCCACACUUUGCCAAGAAGAAACAGUCCUCAUGCUUUCUCUCGACAUGGAGCAGAUUAUGGUGGCGGCGGCGAUUUGCAAGAAGUGGGCUCCUUAAAAAGGAGUACAUCCAUGUUUAUUCCCCAGCUGCUGAACAGUAUUGAUGCGCGUCCAACGAGAAGCUCGUCAAUGCAGAUCUCUCUUCAGCGCAAAGCUGCAAACGGCUGCACGGACGAGUGCACAACCCUGGAAUCUCCUGAGGAGACGCUUCCUUGUAAAUUCUCAGACUUCAGGGAGCAUUAUGCAUCCCCUGUUGAAAACCAUUCUUCUCCAAGCAGUCCAGAGGUGACUCCUGAAAAUUCUCCACCCAGGCUGAUGGAAGAGUUAGGGCAACAGAUUAACGGAACUAUUUGCUGUAAUCAUAGAAUAUUUUGUACUAUUCCUUCUAAUAAUCAGAGUGAGGAUGCUUCAUCAACUACCCAAGAAGAUGAGGCAAAUGAAGCAGCUCCAGGUUUAAACAUAAGCGGUGUGAGGAUUCAGCAUCGGGCUUCAAGUGCAGACGUGCCUCAGGUUACUCUACUACCCUUUGGUACUGAGGCUCAAAAUAAUGCUCCCACCCCUGAACCCCGGCGCUGGUCUUUGCAACAUGUGCCAGAUAUGUCAGCAAAUUCAGGGAAAAAGUUCUUUGUUCUCCAGUUACAGCAACCACAGACAAGUGGUAAAGGUGCAGGAGGCGAGUAUAACUUUGGUUUUACUGGAACAAAAGGGGACAGAUUGGUCAGGUAUCCCCGGAUACGGCUAGAAAGGAGUACUUCCUACCCUGUCCAGCCGCCAACAGAAGAAAUUAGCCCCACAGAUAAUGGAUUGAAUUCAGAACUGCAUGGAAAUGGCAGGAACGGGUCAGAAAUAUCUAGAAGCAAUUCAGUAGAGCGGAUUCCUCAAGGGCAGGGAUGUUUGUUUAAAAUCAGACCAGAUCAAAACACGAGGCAGCAGCACUUCAGAAUUCUUGUCACCCGUGGUCCUGAAGAACAAAAUCAGGUGGUUUGUAAAGAGGGUCGUGGCACCCCUGGUCCUACAACAGCCAGCACCACAACUAGAGACGACUUCCUGGGUCAAGUGGAUGUGCCACUUAGUCACCUUCCGACUGAAGACCCAACCAUGGAAAGGCCAUACACAUUUAAGGAUUUCCUUCUCAGACCAAGAAGCCACAAAUCUCGUGUAAAGGGUUUCUUGAGACUGAAGAUGGCUUAUAUGCCUAAAAAUGGUGGCCAAGAAGAAGAAAACAAUGAUCAAAGGGAUGAAUCUGAGCAUGGAUGGGAUGUGGUUGAUUCCAAUGACUCCGCAUCUCAACGUCAGGAGGAGUUACCACCUCCUCCGCUGCCUCCUGGAUGGGAAGAAAAGGUGGACAACCUGGGGCGGACUUACUACGUCAACCAUAACAACAGGACUACUCAGUGGCAUCGACCAAGUUUAAUUGAUGUGGGAUCUGAUUCAGAUAACAAUAUCAGACAAAUAAACCAAGAAGCAGCCCAUAGGCGGUUCCGCUCUCGGAGACACAUUAGUGAGGAUUUGGAACCAGAACCUAUGGAGAGUGGAGACAUUCCUGAGCCUUGGGAAACCAUUUCAGAGGAGGCAAGUGCAAGUGGAGAUUCCUUAAGCUUGUCCUUGCCACCCCCUCCUGCAUCUCCAGUAUCCCGUACCAGUCCUCAGGAGCUAUCUGAGGAACUGAGCAGAAGACUUCAGGUCACUCCUGAUUCCAAUGGGGAACAACUCAGUUCUUUGAUUCAGAGAGAUCCCUCUUCAAGAUUAAGAUCUUGCAGUGUAACAGACACCGUUCCUGAACAGUCUCAAUUAUCCUUGCAGAGUGGUCCAUCUAGGAGAGCUCGUUCUUCAACUGUCACAGGUGGUGAGGAACCAACGCCUUCAGUGGCCUAUGUACAUACUACACCAGGCUUACCUUCAGGCUGGGAAGAAAGAAAGGAUGCAAAGGGCCGUACUUACUAUGUUAAUCAUAACAAUCGAACCACAACAUGGACACGGCCCAUUAUGCAGCUUGCAGAAGAUGGCAUGGUCGGGUCAACAGCAAAUAGCAGCAACCAUUUAAGUGAACCCCAGAUAAGACGGCCUCGAAGCCUUAGUUCACCAACAGUAACUUUAUCUGCUCCACUAGAGGGUAUCAAGGACUCCCCUGUGCGCAGAGCGGUGAAGGACACCCUUUCCAACCCACAGUCUCCACAGCCCUCACCUUACAACUCUCCUAAACCACAACACAAAGUUGCACAAAGCUUCCUUCCUCCUGGCUGGGAGAUGCGAAUAGCACCCAAUGGCAGGCCCUUCUUCAUUGAUCAUAAUACUAAAACUACUACGUGGGAGGAUCCACGACUGAAAUUUCCAGUGCAUUUGAGAUCAAAAGCAUCUUUGAACCCUAAUGAUUUGGGCCCUCUUCCUCCUGGUUGGGAGGAAAGAAUACAUUUGGAUGGAAGAACAUUUUAUAUAGACCAUAGAAGCCAGGUGUUGAUAUGUGGAGACAUUGAUACCAGAGACUUAGUGCCCUCAUACGAUAAUAAAAUUACCCAGUGGGAAGACCCCAGACUGCAAAAUCCGGCAAUUACUGGUCCAGCAGUUCCAUAUUCCAGGGAGUUCAAACAGAAAUAUGACUAUUUUCGGAAGAAGUUAAAGAAACCAGCUGAUAUACCAAACAGAUUUGAGAUGAAGCUACACAGAAAUAAUAUUUUUGAGGAGUCCUACAGAAGAAUCAUGUCUGUGAAGAGACCUGAUGUACUAAAAGCCAGGCUCUGGAUUGAAUUUGAGUCAGAAAAAGGACUUGACUAUGGAGGUGUGGCCAGAGAAUGGUUUUUUCUCUUGUCCAAGGAAAUGUUUAACCCUUAUUAUGGUCUCUUUGAAUAUUCAGCAACGGACAACUAUACACUUCAGAUUAAUCCUAAUUCAGGUCUUUGUAACGAAGAUCACCUGUCGUAUUUCACAUUUAUUGGGCGGGUUGCCGGUCUAGCAGUAUAUCAUGGGAAGCUAUUGGAUGGCUUCUUCAUCAGACCUUUUUACAAGAUGAUGCUGGGGAAACCAAUAACUCUGAAGGACAUGGAGUCAGUGGAUAGCGAAUACUACAACUCUUUGAAGUGGAUCCUGGAAAAUGACCCUACAGAGUUGGAUCUCAUGUUUUGCAUAGAUGAGGAAAACUUUGGACAGACAUAUCAAGUCGACCUGAAGCCAAAUGGGUCAGAAAUCAUGGUAACAAAUGAAAACAAAAGGGAAUACAUUGACCUGGUCAUCCAGUGGAGGUUUGUGAACAGAGUUCAAAAACAAAUGAAUGCUUUUUUGGAGGGAUUCACAGAACUUCUUCCCAUUGAUCUGAUUAAAAUUUUUGAUGAAAAUGAACUAGAGUUACUGAUGUGUGGCCUUGGCGAUGUUGAUGUUAAUGACUGGAGACAACAUACAAUCUACAAAAAUGGUUACUGCCCAAAUCAUCCUGUUAUCCAGUGGUUCUGGAAGGCUGUUUUACUGAUGGAUGCUGAAAAACGGAUUCGAUUACUGCAGUUUGUUACUGGGACGUCACGCGUGCCUAUGAAUGGAUUUGCUGAACUUUAUGGUUCAAAUGGUCCUCAGCUGUUUACAAUAGAGCAAUGGGGAAGUCCUGAUAAACUGCCCAGAGCUCACACAUGCUUUAAUCGCCUAGACUUACCUCUUUAUGAAUCUUUUGAAGAUUUGCGAGAGAAGCUCCUUAUGGCAGUUGAAAAUGCUCAAGGAUUUGAAGGAGUGGAUUAAAAUGUCAACUUCCCCCCCUGCCCCCUUCAAGCAAGUUCUGCUUGCACUUUUGCAUUUGCCUAACAGACUCUGAGGGACUAUGGCAGAACAGUUGCACAGCGUUGGUUCAUGGAGCAAACCCUUCGACAGUGCAGUUGCCUGAAUCCACAAGUUUGAACUGUAAUCUGUGGGUGGCUUUUCUGAUGUUUCCACAGCAGAUUACCAACUGCUUAACAUGAACUCUGAUCACAUUUCAGCAGGACUUACUCUAUUUAUGUUGUGCCUCUGUAGGCAAAGCCCUUAAUAAAUAUUUUACAUAAUUUCUAAUGACAAUGAAUGGAAUUAAUAAUUUUACAGGUAUAGUAUUACAACUCAUGUUUACUUUUUAAUUGAUUUAGACAUUUUCAGAUUUUAUUUCAUUACAAUUAAAUAUCAUAUACUUGGAAAAAUAAGCAUUUUUCUUAAUUUCAUACCAGACUUGAUGCCAGUGUCAUUUUUUCAAAGCACAUUUUGAGGCUUGUGUUCCCAAACCAUUAAGGAAGUAGGAGAAAGCUAUGUUGGAAAUUUUCUCUACAGGGGCUAUAUAUAUAUCGAGAGCAACUCUUUUCAUUGAGCACAUAAAUAUUUUUCUGUAUCCAGAAGUACAGACUGGAUGUUGGAUUUUUGUAUAAAUAUUAGAAUAGUUACAAGUCAAGGGAGAAUCAUAACAUAGCAUGCCAAAUCUCAUGUUCAAUUAAGAAAUUGCCUCAUUAUUGGUAAUACUUACAUGUACUAUAAAGUAUUUUGGGGUAGGGUUGGCAUUAAUCAUUUUAGGAAAGUAUGCUUAACCCUGCCAUUAUCUUUGUAUAGUGAUUCUUUUAUUAUCCUUUCCUCUUUACUGUUUGCAAUGGAGGCAUUUUGAAUGAAACCUGGCACUAUGUGAUUUGGCACUAUGGAAAACAGAUCUGGUUUGUCUCCUAUUUGUAUGCAUUUGCUAAUGAUAUCUAAAUAACAAUGGGUUUUUUGUUUGUUUCUAACUGCACCAACUCUAAAGGCACUUUAUGUAACACAUGGAAGUCAUAUCUGUUUUUUUAUCAUAAACAUUAAUGUGAUGAUAUUCCUUCUCACUGCACAUGUCUUUCUGGUGCAAUAUCUAUCAAUUGUGAAUUUGGCUGCUGCUGAUGUAUAAAAGAAAAAAAAACCACAGAUGUAGAGCUGAGCCUGCAGACAUGUUCCUCAGCAAUUGUUUUUGUGAUUUAUUUUUUACUUAAUCACAAAGAUUUAUUUAAUAUACACUGCUAUCUAAUCAAUUUUGUUACCUAUGACAUGUUGCAUGCUUAAACUAUAAUGUCUGAGUUGCAUCUCUUUUGUGACGGAUUAAAAGUGAAAGAUUUGUAUGUGAUCCACUGAAGUUAAAUGGUUGCAAUAUAGCAGAGUAGGUUUGAGGGUAUGGCUUCAGUGAUGUAAGUUCUCCCCACAUACUUACCUAGAGGUAGGCUUUUUCCCCAAAAGCCCAUUUAAUGCUUAUGAAGCAAGAUGAUCACACCGCAUGCCAAAACAAAAGUUUGAACUCCUUGCCAACACCUUUUUUAGCCCUGCCUGUACCCCCUCCCCAGCACCCACUGGCAAGUACAAUCUGUGUCUGAGAAUGUGCAGCCAUACUGCAGACACUUCAAUACAGUGAUACUUCAGCUGAAAAGGCUACUGGAAAGAAGCCUUAAUGCUAGUAACAUGCAGCAAAUGGUUGCAUGCUAGCAAAAGUUUGAAGAGCUAAUAGAUGCACGAGGAAGGUUAUUUUUAUUAUUUGAAUGCAGGUUAAGAUUCAUUUUCUAUUAAAUAUGUUUCCUGACAUUCCUUUCUGAUUUUUUACAUUGAUGAGUGAGCUUGAACACGCAAAAGCAGACUCCAUCUGAGUGGCUAGAGAAACACUAUACUGACCAUUUAGCUGCAGGACAGAGCAUGGGGAAGGUGGAGAGAAUGAGGUAAAUCCAGGUAUUUCCACUGGCCUUCUGUAUGUUCAGCACAGCUGGUUAUAACAUGGACACCCUUGAGGGAAGAGUCAUAUGCCAAAAUUUGUUUUAUUUCUGUCUUAACCUGGAGGAUUUUUGGUGUGGUUGGAGGCUCCGUUCAUGUCCAGUGCCAUGUAUCAGAACCUUAAGAAUUCCCAAGACAUUUUUUGGCUGUGAAACUGAAAUGUAAUCUCAUGUACAGACGAAGGCUGUGACCUAGCAGUAGUGCAGCUGAGGUAGCACCAGAAGUCAGGCUGUGUUUAAGAAUCUGCCAUUUUUCUUGUGAUGUUGCUUUGGUCCCUCCCCUCCCCCUCAACUUCUACAACAGGUUUACUAAUACUUACUUACCUACAUCAAAGCCCUUUCAGCUAUAUAGAAUUACAUAGUGACAUCUGACUAGAAGGGAAAUUUUUGUUGUUUGGAUGAUUAUAUUUAAGAGAAAAUUUAGAAUUGCUUAGCUUAACAUCUUUUCAGAUCCACUCAUGCUCAGAUCCACUUACCUCACAAACUGACAGACACUCCAAAAGCAUUCACUAGGUAUUAAAAUAGUGAGGCAAAUUCCACUGUAUGAAUUGUAAUUAAUGUGCAUUUGGACUGUUGUGGUUUAUUUGGGAGAAGGGGUUUUCAUUUUUAGGAAAUAGUUCAAUAUGAAAAGCAAGCCUUUGACUGCCUCAAGGUUUGCCAUUAGAGUGGCAGCUUUGAGUGCAGCUCACCAAGAGACCUGUCCUAACUCAGGCAGCAGUGACAAUAAGGCCCCGCAUGCAUUUUCCCGAUCGAUAGACUUGUACACCUUAUGCUGAAAUUUGUGCUAUUUUGGCUUUCUUGCAAUUAAUGCAAAUAGCUAAAUAAACACUCUUUUGUGCUUCUUGUGCCCUAGACACUGCAACCACAGCUCUCACCUGCAUUGCACACCUACCAUCACUGUAGAGCCAAUGCACAGCUGAGUUAGCUUUUGUCUGUUCAACACCCCAUGAAGGUAUUAUUCCUAAUAGCCAAGGUGAACAUAACAGUAAGCCAGCUCAUUACUUUUUGUUUCCCAAAGUUAGCUAUGCUAUUGCAACCCAGCACUGUGUCUUGCCUUUACAGAUGCACUACAGCUCCCUUCACUACAGAAGUAAAACUGUCCUUUUUGUGUUAGGGUCCAUAAGUAAUCCAGAGUCAGUGCUCACAAAUAAGCAAGACUCCUUGUAGGAUAAGCUGAGGGGAACUGCUCAGCCCAGUCCAAUUUCUGCACAAAGCUUUUAUUUUGGGUAUCAGAAGCCUUACUGUGAGCUAGAACUAUGAGGCUGUUACUGACAGGCUUGGCAUCAUGGUCAUUACAGGGACAUAAGCUGUAAAACCCUGCUAAAAUGCACUAUUCCCGUGCAACUCAGAUUUUAUUAUUGGUGGCUACAUUGAUGGCUAAACCCUUGGGCAGAUACACCCUCCUCAUCAGCCAAAAAGUUAAGAUCUUCUAUGCUAUGACAAAACCCAGGAAGUUACCUUCAGUUUUGCAAUGAACUAUAUGAGACUAAGUAAAUGGCAUUGUUAGCUGUGCAAAGUAGCAGCUGCAGAGGAAAUGGAUUUUCUUCUGCAGGGCUCUUUUAACAUAAAGCUGUAGUGCUGCUAUCAAGAGCCUAAGCUGGAUUCCAGACUUUCCAUCUAAGAGUCCUUCUGGAGCUCCUGAAGCUACAUUUCAAGGAAUCUUUCUAGGAAAAGAGGUAGCUAAAUCUCAUUUACUUAAAACAUCUAAAACACAAAGCAACUAACACUCCAGUGGGAUUUGUACCAUAGUAUUGUGCCUUUCUUAACACAGUACACUCUUGUAUACUGACAGUUUGGCCCAUUCACCACAAAGUGGCCCAACAGUAUUUUAAAAGGUUCUAUCCAGCUACUUUUCUUGGUUAAUAAAUAGUAAUCAUAAAGGUGGUACCUAAACCAUCACUUGUUCACUCUUAAGAAGCCUUAAGGCAAAUAAUUCAUAAAAACUUCAGACAGAAUACAGAAUCUGCAGCUAUCACCUCCUCUUCACAUUAAGGCUUAUAGAUAUGUGCCUUGUAAGGUUGUAAUUAAUGUACACCAUACCAAUCACAUCAACUCCCACUUGCUGCGCAGCUGCUGAAAACUGCUUUUUGUCUUUCAGUCCAAAAGUACCGAAAACAAACAAAACCCCAAACAACCACAAAACCCAAACCCAGUUCUGUUACUACAAGAUUUACCUUAUUUCUGUCUCUCAUGCUGACCUCUCUGAAUUCUCUGUGAGUGCCAUGCUAGCAUGAGGAUGCUGCUGUAAGUACUAACCAGGCAGCUAGUGCCUAUCCUGCACCCCAAGGCAUGCACUUCCAGUGUUGUGUGCUCAGCCCGGUCAAGCUGGUAAUCGUGACUGCAGCAUGCAGCGGUAAGCUGUUCUGAUGCUUUGGGUGAAGCAUUUUACAUAACACUAAAGGGCCAGGAAUUGUGAAAACUAGGGAGCCAGGGAGGGGAAGCUAGAUAGUUAGACUGCAUUUUUAAGAGAGUUAGAAGUAAGUGAUCAUACCCAUCUGAUUGCAAGGGCUAAUUAUCAGUAUGUAUAGUAGGAAAAAAGGUAGAUGUCCAGAUAGGGCAUCUUAAAAUGUACAUUAAUUUUUCUUACCUUUUUAAUAAAAUCUUUUCCUUUUGUAUGUAAAAUUAAAAUGACAAAGGAAAAACCCUACAGUCUUCACCCAUCUGUUACGAUGUUGCACUAAGAAGUAAUACAUAUUUGAAACACAUGGAAAACAAAACUGGAAUCUAACCAUAUUAAUGUUACAUACCCAUCAGGUCUGUUGUAGUGCACCUAGCACCCUGUUAGAUACCAUCACCACCAGUGCAAACCAUAUUUGGUGAUGUGUCUGUUGAUGCACACUUCUAACAAUCUGUUUGUCCACAUUUAUCCUUCACUUACAUGUUGGGUUUUUUCCUUUUCUAUAUGAUUUUCACAUAGACCUUGCUUUUUUCUUCAUUUUUUUUUUUAAUAUGUAGCUGUAAAAACAUACACAGUAUGCAUCCACAUACAAUAGUACAUGUGUUGCAUUUUUAUACUGUAAUCUGUUCUAUUGGAUUUAAAGAGGCUGGUGAGCCAUCCAUCUCCACUGCAGAUUUAUCACAACCAUGCAAUAGUGAAUACCAAUGGAAAACUCCACAAGACUAUGUUGCUAUGUUCUGUGCUUGUGAACAUAAAUUUUAAAUCAAAUUUAAAACUGAGAUUAUUAAUAUUUCCAAACAGGCAAAAGUGUCAAACAUUCCAGAUUAAAUUCACACUGUUUAAUAAUUAUUUUUUUGUAAAAUCAAUUCAUAUUAGAAGACUAUUCAAAGUUAUGCUAAGCUACCUUAAAAUUGAUUUUAAAAGUACUACUUAUAAAUAAUGCUCAUUUUCACAAUUAAUACAGCUUUAAACUGUGGUUGGAUUUGAUACACUGUGGGGAAAGGAUUUGUUUCUGGACAAAAGUCAUUUUUUUCCAAUUUUUUUCUGAGGAGCAGUGAAAGAAAUUGUAGUUUGUUUUCCUGACAGCAAAAGCUCAAUGUGACAAAAUGAAGUUGUUGUAAUGAAAUGAUGCAACUUACUUAAAUAUUUAAUAAAGAAUUAUGGAAGCUA